CAGAAACCCAUGUCGCAGUCGGACCUAUUUUGGAACGUACACAGUUGAGAGGCGCAGUUGAAACAUCAACGAGAAGCUGUUCUUCUAACCGGAGCUCGUGUUGCUGCUAGCUUCCUCCGCGCAGCAGCGGGACCAUGUUCACCUCCCAGACCUCGUCCUUCCAGGAGUCCAUCGACGUGGAGGAGAGAGACGACUUCGACAGCGAGGACAUCUCCGGGUACAGCCAGAAAACUCAGCUCAACUGCUACUACACCAUCUACCUCUACCAGGGCACGAGAUCUGAGGCUUCUGCGGAAAAUGUGGCAUGGAACCAGAGACGAGCAGACUCCACAACCAGUCAGGAAGACUUUAGCCUGACGCUGAUCGACAGCAGCCUGCCAUCAGAGGCGGAGCCUGAGCUGCGGACCUACAUCUCAAGGAGGCUGAGUAAAGGAGCCCUGCUCGGAGGCAUGGGAAACAUCGCUACUGUGGAACUCAGUCUCCCAGAAGAGGCGGUUGGCUGCUACUGCUGCCUCCUGGAGCAGGAAAGGUCUCCUGAGCAGCCCGAUGCUGAUGGUAAUGGAUAUGUAAUCUGUUUCAUGGGUGGCUCUGAAAAAGGACUGAACCUAUUUAGAUUAGAGCUUGAUAAAUAUGUCCAAGGCCUGCAUAGCAGCCUGCAAACACCAGAGCUGCAAAACCUGGAGACGGAGGUGCGUCCCUAUCUGAGCCGGUGGUACGAGGAGUCUGUUUUGCACAUUUACAGAGUGGUACAGCUCGUCCAGAGCAACAUCAGCUUCCUGUUGCACGCUGCUCUGAGUCACACACAUGUGGAGGUCGUCAAUUCAGACGAGAGGACAAAGGCUGAUGUGUCCAGGUUCAUCAAAGCAGCCAGUUUACAGGGUCUGUCCCAACAAGACACCACAGCAGCUUCUCUGUGUAAGGCGCUCUCAGAGGAGACACAGUGUGACCUGGUCAUUGACUGCUCCGCCAGCCCACCCACACUCUUAAACACUGUCAGUAAUCGUUUCUGUGAUGACUGGAAUCAGGCAUUUCUGAACGCUGCAGAGCGUUGUAAUCCCUUCUUGCUCAGACAGAUUCUGGAGAACUUCAAGCUUAAGGCCAUCCAGGAUAUGAACAGCCUGAAGCGCUUUGUGCGACAGGCAGAGAUGAGUCACUACGCCCUGUUCCGCUGCUGCCAGUUCCUGCAGGGCUGCGGAAAUGGGGAUGUGCUGCUGCAGAAUGCCAGGGCGGAGCACAGCGACCUGCCCGAGGCCUGCAGCAUCAUCACCGUCCUGGAGGAGUUUCUCAGGGAUCAGUCCCAAGCCCAGGCCUGAUUCCAAUAUGAAAUUUAACUCCAAGUUCCUUUACUCCAAGUACUUUUCGAGUUGAUGGUAAAACAAACUGCUCUACCAGCCACAAAGUAGAUCAUUUAUUAUCACUCUGAACACUACAUCCUAUUUUAAUUCUCAGAUUGCAUAACAUUUGGAAAAGUACUGAAUAUAUACAUAAAACACUGACAACUUUCAAUGAGCCUUUCUCAACUAAUGUGUCUUUAGGGGCAAAUCAUUGUUUAUUCACUCAGUAACGUCACACACAAUCCAGGUUCAUAAAUAGUUGAACUCAAAGGUAAAGUCCUCAGUGAAGGUUAAUUUAAAUUUAAGACUAGAAGAUCACUCAGCAGAGCUCAUACCGCCGUCAGGGCCGAACAUUCCUACACAUGAUGGUUUAGUUCUUAUGGUAGAAAAAAAGUAGUGGUCUAAUAAGCUGAAUUUAUUUCUCAUAAGAUAUAGUUGUAAACAGUGUAAAAUGAAGGUCUUUGUAUUAUUUCCUGAGAAAUUAACAAAUGUUGAAAAAUGUUCAGUGUUGCCAUGUUAAAGAAAGUUAAAAAACACUCACACUGGAUCGGCCACUGAAUUCAUAUCAAUACAAAAGGUAUUGGAUUAUGAUUCUUCUCUCACAGAGGUUGAUUGAAAUCGGUUUAGUAGUUUUUGUGUAAUCCUGCUGACAAAUAAACCGACACACAAACAAACUAGCAGACAUGGGUGAAAACAUAACCACAUUGGCUGACAUGGAAAUAAGAUCAACCUGUAGAUCACAAUUUCUUUUUAAACUUGUUGUGUAAUGUGAGUUGUGUUUUGCUAACUGACAAUGAUCACAGCACGGAAUUGAUCCAAACUAAACCAAAUUGUUUUGGUUCCCUUUUGUGAAGAAACAUAUUAAGGAUGCACAAAUCACUUUCAUGCAUUGCUUGUUCCAUAGGCUUUGUUUUUGCUUUUCCCUUUCAACCCAGUUCUUGCAGUACUAUAUUAUUUUUGUCUAAUGGAUACUGCUAGUAUAUGUAUGUACUGUAUGUGAUAUUAGACAUCUGUGUAAUUUAUCUGUGGAAAUGAAGCGUUAUAGGUAUCAUGUAAUUUUUGGACAUAACUUGUACAUUAGAACAAAUUAUUUCCUUCGCCAGCUCAAGUUUGUGAGAAGAUGUCAGGCGCUAUGUGACGAGUCACUCAAUUCAUGUUCUAAACAUUUGUGUGGCUUCAAAGUUUAUAAUUAGCCACUAAAAAAAAUGAGUAAGUAAGAAUUAAGAUAAAUCAAAGAAUAUAAAUAAAUGUCCUCACAAUAAUAUCAGCAUGCCUUAACUUUAUUUUCCUCCAUUCAAACAAGUCCAAAGUGAGAACAGCAAUAUCAGUGUCGGUGGUGUUUACUUUAAACUGUGAAGCAGGUGACUUGUACAUUUUCCUGUUGUGAUCGAUGGUGUUGCUGACCCACAGUGAGUAUAUGUGGACGUUUCUGUACAGUGUGUUCUCUGUAGUUAUAAAUGACAUGAACUUCUCGGCUUCUAUAGUCAGAGAUGAAAUUAAAACCACAGUGGAAACUCUC